AUGGAGGUGACAGAAGUAGAUAAUGUUCGCGUGGUAGUUCGUUGUAGACCUCUGAGCCGUAUAGAACUUGAACAAGGCUAUCAAAAAAUUGUAACCGUGGAGAGUGCCAGCAACUCUAUUGUCGUCACCAAUCCAAACAAUGACCAGGAACCAUCUCGUAUUUUUACAUUCGAUGCUGUGUUUGGAGAAGAUAGCAAUCAGUUUAAUGUUUAUAACAUUGCUGCAAGGCACAUUGUUAACAACGUGUUGAAGGGAUAUAACGGUACUAUUCUUGCUUAUGGACAAACUGGCACUGGAAAGACUUUCACAAUGUUGGGAAAUAAAAAUUGUCCUGGAAUAAUUCCCAAUUCAUUUGCACAUAUUUUUGAUCAUAUAGCAAAAUGUCAACAAGAUAAAACAUUCCUUGUUCGAGUUUCUUAUUUAGAGAUUUACAAUGAAGAGAUCCGAGAUUUGUUAGCUAAAAAUCCGGUGCAUGGUCUUGAAAUUAAGGAACGACCAGACAUUGGUGUUUAUGUGAAAGAUCUAUCAAGCGUCACUGUCUCCGGUGCAGAUCAUAUGGAGCGUAUCAUGCAAUUCGGUAAUAAUUACAGAUCAACAGGUGCAACAAAGAUGAAUGUAGACAGUUCACGUUCCCAUGCUCUGUUUACAAUAACGAUUGAAUGCAGUGAAAAGAUUGGUGAUCGUUGUCAUAUCACACAAGGAAAGCUACAGCUUGUCGAUUUGGCCGGUAGUGAGAGACAAUCGAAGAGUGGUGCCAGUGGAAAUCGAUUAAAAGAAGCGGCUCGUAUCAAUUUGUCCCUUUCUUCACUUGGUAAUGUUAUUAGUGCUUUGGUCGACUCGAAGACUGUUCACAUUCCUUAUAGAAAUUCCAAACUUACGCGAUUACUUCAGGAUUCGUUAGGUGGUAAUUCAAAGACUGUCAUGUUUGCAAAUAUUGGUCCUGCUUCCUAUAAUUACGAUGAAACGGUUUCCACAUUAAGAUAUGCAAAUCGUGCUAAAAAUAUUCAAAAUGUGGUUCGAAUUAAUGAGGAUCCAAAAGAUGCACUAUUAAGGAAAUUUCAACUGGAAAUUGAGCAUCUUAAGCGUAUGCUUGAAAAAGAAGAGUCAAGUGGAAAUGAAGAUGAGGUGGAUGAAUCGAGUUGGAAUAAAGGUCAGAAACAAUCGCGAAAUCGUUAUAGUGAUCGUAUUGAAGAACUGGAAAAGACGAUUGAAAUUAGGAAAAAUGAAUUGCAAAAGGAAAAAGGAAUAGCUGACGAGGAGCGCGAAACAUUGAUAGCAGAACUGCAUGCCAAAGAGGAAGAAUUGGCUCAAGCGCAUAGAGAUCAUGAUUCAUUGAUGAAUAAACUAAAGCAAAUUGAGAAAAAGCUUAUUGUUGGUGGUGAAAAUAUGCUUGAAAAGGCUGAGAAACAAGCCCGAUUGCUAGAACAAAGUAAUGCUGAAUUAGAACGUGGACGUGUAAACGAGACGCAGCUGAAGCAAGCAUUGGCCGAAAAAAAUCAAGAGAGGAUUGAUCUAGAAGAAAAAUAUAAUACCUUAGCAGAAGAAGCACAUGGAAAGUCGAAGAAGAUAAAAAAAGUUUGGAAUAUGCUAAAUGCUGCAAAAAGUGAAUUGGCUGAUUUACAAAUGGAACAUCAACGUGAAAUGGAAGGUCUUUUGGAUUGUGUUCGUCAACUUCGCAGCGAACUUCUUCUACAACUGCUCAUUAUUGAAAACUAUAUACCACCGGAUUUCUUAGAACUCAUUGAACGUUAUGUUCGAUGGAAUGAGGAAGUAGGUGAUUGGCAAUUAAAAUGCAUUGCUUAUACUGGAAAUAAUAUGCGAGCACGUAACCCACCACAACAACCACUAUACAAGCCUCCAAACUCUCAAAUGCUGGAUUUGUUCCUCUCCUAUCAGGAUCAAGUAGCGCAUAUGCCUUCAAAUGAUGUGCGCUCUUCAAAGCUACGUGUAAAAUCUAGCAAGCGCGAAAGAGAUGCGGCACGUCUGAAUGUGUUACUGAAUUAA